CCACCCUCGUUUCCUUUUGUCCUUUUGGUACAGUCCUUUCAUGUUCAGCCGGUUCUUCAGCCUACUAUCACUUAGUGAUGUAGGGUUAUUAUCCCUUUCAUUUAUACUUGUUAAAUUUGGGGUUUAAUAGUGAUUAAGUUGUAAAAAUGUUAAAACAAAAUUAGACGAUCAUUGUUUCUAGUUGCUGACAAGGCAACGUCAGACAUCUUAAUAAUGGCGUCCUUGUUAGUGGGAAAAUUCAUGCAUUCCUCAUAUGGUGUCAAUACUUGGAUUUGGUUUAGAUGGCAUCCAACUCUCCUGAGCCAUCUUCAUCAUCAGAAACCACACACCAUGUUACUGAGGAAAUACUCUCUAGAGAAGUGCGGUCUUUUUGUGACGUGAAUUAUGUCAGUGAUGAUAAUGGUAUUGGAUUUCAAGGGGAAAAUUUUGUGAAUCAUUUUAAGUCUGAAGCUUUACCUCCUGGUGUCAGUUAUGGGCAAUUCACCAUCGAUCCCUGCAGUUCUUCGGGUACUUAUGCACAGGUUACUUUGCCAUCAUAUUCCUCCGUAAGUCGUGUUUCUACAACUAAUCAAAAUGAUUUUGAGACAGCUGAGCCUGAAGCUUCACAUGGUCAGGAAUCAUUUGUAUCUGAUAAUGAGAGCAAAAGGGCAGCACUGCAGAUACCUGUUUCUCAGAUGCUGCAUACACAUCAUCCAGCAGAUGCAGUUCCAUCUAAUGAUACAUCUGCUACAGUUUCAGGGAAUGUCAUGUCUCUGCAUGAAGAUUCUGUAGAUUCUCACCAUUCUCAAGUACAAGAAGCUGAAGAUGCACUGGAAAGGGUUUCUUUAAAUAUUGACCCUUUAAACUUACAACAAGUCUCCGUUGUCCAUCAUGGGCUUCCUAAUUUGGGAGGCCUUCCCAUCAUACUUGAUAGAAGCAGCAUUGCUGCAUUAAUUGCUUCAUCCCGAGGCGAUUCAUCCUUCACUCUCGAUGUUUCAAACCUUCCACGUACUUUAUUAUCUAGUCAAGGUAUUACUCAGCGAGCAGUUGUAACUGCUGAACAGCCUCAGUUUCUGUCUAAUGAUGCAUCUAUUCCAAGUAUGUCCCCUAAUAUGUUACCUCCAAUACUGUCGCAGAAAGAUAUCCUUUCAUCCAUGAUAGCCAGUUCCUCUACCUCAACAUCAUCUACUAGUUCUGUAGUAGGAAAUUCCUUCCCUAUAAGCCACAAACAAAUGCUUACUCAGAAAUAUGCUGCUGAAAUGCUUGGGCCAGCAACAUCUGCAACUCUAAUCGGUGAUCUUAGAGAUCAGCAGCUUAUUGAAAAUAUGAGUGAUAGGACUUCAUCUUCAUAUGUUGUUGCCUCAAGUGCAAGUUCAUUGAUUGAUUCCAGUGCUAUUGCUGUUUAUGAUGACCAGUCAUCAUCUCUAGCAUCAACUUCAGUAAGCCAGUGUUUGCCUUUGGAUGUGUAUGCAAUUGACAGAACUGUAGCCUUGGUGACUAGCUCAAGGGAUAGUCCUGAAAAUGUUAUGAAUGGAAACGUUGAAUUUGAAAAUGUUGUAAGCCAUGCAUCUUCACAUCACUCUGUUCAAAAUUUUGUCUCAUCUAGUGUGGAUCUUGUUCAUUCUCACCAGUUAGAUCAUGGAAUGCAUUGUGCAGUUGAUUCAACUGUAGGUUCUAAAUUACAUCAAAAUGAUGAGAACAUAGUAGACAGUUCUGAUGGAUAUAAUCAACAUAUAGAUACAUCUGAUAAUAUGUUGCAUACAACGACUGGAGAAUACAGUUGCCACAUAUCUGAUAUGAAUUCUUGUGAUGAAAGUACUACAAAUGAGGCUGUAACAUCAGUUCUAAGCAACAGCUCUGCUCUUGAAGCUAAUGAAGCGCUAAGUUCUACAAAUCACCAUUUUAAUGCACAUAGUCAGUUUUCUGGUGAUGUUCAUAAUUCAGUUGAUGAUCUGCAUGGCUGUGCGACUGUCAGUAGUGCUACACACCCUGACUCAACUCGAAGUCCUGUUGGAAUAUCUGAAAAUUCUCCUAGUUAUUCCCUUCAGUCUACUUCAAUCGCAGACUCUCCAGAAAUUGUGCAAUCAGAAUAUUCAAGACCCCGGAGAGAUCUAAGAAGUAAUAGACAUUGGUGUGAAGAUUGUGGUACAUUUUAUGAUAAAGAAUGCUCUCAACAUAGGAUACAAUUAAUUUUUGAUAAACCAGUUUUAAGCCGUGCAUGGGCAAGUUUGCCAGCAACAUACCUUUAUGUGAAUAAGAUUGGAAUCGAUGAUGAUGGAGAUCCAGUGUAUGGAGUUUUUGCCAAGAAAACAAUACCAAAAAGAACUCAGUUUGGACCAAUUGAGGGUGUUUUGGUUAAGCGAGAAGAUCCACCAAGUGAUAAUUUUAUUUUAUUGGUGGAACAUGAAGAUGGUGUUGCUUUAUAUUUAGAUACAUCUGAUGAAUCUAUGAGUAAUUGGAUGCGCUUUGUUCGGCCUGCUGAUACGCACAAAGAACAAAAUCUUGUUCUAGUCCAACAAGGCCAGUCUCUGUUUUUCAAUACAACACGUUCGAUUAACCCUAAAACAGAGCUGAGAGUCUGGUACUCUGCCACAUAUGCUGAAAAGUGGGGUCUACCAGUUUUAGAGCCAAAUGAAGAAGAAAAAAGAGCUUUGCAAGAACAGGAAAAUGCCUGGCCAUGUUUUGAAUGCAAUCAGAGGUUUUCAACUUCAGUGGAUCUGCAGAAGCAUUUGAAUCAGCACGAUGAAGAAAAUGUGAAUGCGGGUGGUCCGAAAACUAGGACUAGAACUCGAGCACGUUCAAAAUUAGCAAAGAAAUCUCAUGCAGCUCGUCUAAGGACGUCAUUGGGAAAUUCUGCUGAUUGCACUGAAGGUACUCUUAUGAGGAAAGCCAGAGGCAGACCUCCUAAGAAGUAUAAGGUCUCUUUGGGAUCACUGGAGGAGGCAACUACUCUGCCCACCUCUAAACGACCCAGAGGUCGACCACCAAAAAAGAUUAAGAUACCUUCUAAGCAAGAAGAGUAUAAAUGUGAUAUUUGCCACAAAAGCUUUCCUCGUAACUAUAGCUUGCAAAGGCAUUUAAUUAUGCAUACGGGAGAGAAAAAAUAUAAAUGUCCUAUCUGUGACAUUAAAUUUAGUCAUGUGUAUAAUCGGAAUAGGCAUGUGCGUCGUCAUAAACGAGAUGAUGACUUGCAGGCAGUAAAGCCGGUGAAAUCCUUAUUUAAAAAAAAACAAGGGGCUGAGUGGGUUUGUACUCACUGUGGUCUCACAUUUGAUAAUUCUAGUGUUCUUAAUCUUCAUACCUUGACUCAUGCUGCUGAAAAUGUGGCUUUCAAUGAGGAACAUGCAUUCUUAGAAGGUAAUCUUGGUACUGAGGAUGGAUUUGAAGGAAGUGAUGAAAGCAAACUAGGUAGUGAUGAGUUGCACAAAUGUCCCGAAUGCACACAGGAAUUCUCAAGCAGAAGAGAUUUAAUUGAACAUGCGAGUGUGCAUGGCAAGAUUGGCAAGCAGCGUUGCUAUAGAGGCAUCAUCAAUCCUAUGAAACCUUUUAAAUGCAACUUAUGUUAUAAAUCCUUUGCUUCAGAUGAGCGUUUAAUUAGGCAUUAUCUUGUUCAUGGAAGUGAAGAAUCAAAACCGUUGCAGUGUGACACUUGUUUCAAGCGGUUUUUGAAUAAUUCUGCUUUAGCUUGUCAUAUAAAAGUUCAUAGUGAAGAAAGAAAAUUUUAUGAAUGCCCAAUUUGUAAGGCAGAAUUUGAUCAAAUUGUGGCUUUGAAAGAACAUGUACAUGUUCACUGUGAAAAUGGGGUUUAUAAAUGUCCUAAUUGUCAUAAGGUUUUUGAAGAAUAUAAUCAGGUUCGCAAGCAUAUUAGAGCAUUUCAUUCGGAAAGAAGAUAUCCUUGUGAUAAGUGCGAAAAAAUUUUUCCUCGUCCAGAUAAAUUAAAGUUGCACAUGUUACGACAUUCUGACCAUAGAGAAUUUUUGUGUGCAAAUUGUGGAAAACAGUUUAAAAGGAAAGACAAACUUAAGGAACACAUGAAGCGUAUGCAUGCCCCAGAUAGAGAAGCCAAAGUUAAUGCCAAAAACUCCAAAUCAUCUGGUUCAAAAAAGUUUAUCCCAAAAGUAUCGCCUACUGAUUAUCAUCGUUUCAUUUAUAAGUGUCAUACUUGCUUAUUGGGAUUCAAAAGAAGGGGAAUGUUAGUAAACCAUCUUGCCAAAAGACAUCCCGAUAUUAGACCAGAAUCUGUUCCUGAACUGAAUCUUCCUAUUUUAAAAACGACCAGAGAUUAUUACUGCCAGUAUUGUGAAAAAGUUUACAAAUCUAGCUCUAAGAGAAAAGCUCAUAUAUUAAAAAAUCAUCCUGGUGCAGAACUUCCUAUGAGUAACCGAAGAAAGGGAGGAGUUCCAGAAAUCCCAGGUAUGCCAAAUCCCACUUUUUCACAAACUGUUGGAAGCAUUACUACUCAUCCCCACCACUGCAGCUGGUGCCACAAGCAGUAUGCUAGCAAAGCUAAGUUAUUACAGCAUCAACGAAAGAAACACAUGGAUAUGCUGUCUCUGAGCUAUGUUGCCAACAAUACUAAGGUGGAACCAGUGUGUGAUCAAGGUACACAGGUUACAGGACAGAUAGUGAUAGAAAGUAUAUCUUCUGGUCUCAGCCGUGAGACUGCAGCUGUUCUUAUUGAUGCCAGUAAACGGAAGAUUCAUUAUGUAGAUAAAGAUGCCUUAGUGGUUUCAACUCAUCCUGAUGGAUUACCUACUGCAGAUCUCCUAACACAAGCAAUGUCUGAGUUGACUCAUAAUUUUGCAGAAUAUCGGUCAUCUGGUGAAUUUCUGUCAACCCGCCUUUCUCAUUCUACUCCAGCUACAUUAGUCAAUCCCUCUCCCUCAACAACCCCUAUUCCUGCUCCAGCAUCUCCCAGCAUAGCUCCUCCUGAAUCCCCAACCCCAGUGCUUGACACUGCACCCCUGGAUCAAAUACAAUUAAAUCAACUUCUUGCUCAUUACCAGCAACAGCAACAAAUUAGCCAACAGCAGUUAGCUGUUGUGGUGACUUCCCGACCUUGGCCAAAUGCUGUUACAACUAGCCUGAGCAACUAUCCAGCCCGAUGAAAAGACUUGGAUAAAUGCUGAUGGAAUCUGAAAAAAAAAAAUUUAGUGCCAUUUUUAUGGCUGCAGCCUUGAUGGGCUUGCACAUUGCACAUUGUAGUGAGAGCACACUGCUGUUGAGGAGGAGCUAUUGUUGAAGCCAUUUUGGGAGUAGUAGAAAUAGGGGACAAGGCAUGAUGCCUGUCUUGUUUGAAUGCCCAUCUAGCAUAUAUUGCUGGGCUGUGUAAGUUGUGGGUUCAUGUUUAAAAGAGAUUUUAUGAAGGAACCAAAUAUCUAUAUACUUUUUGGUUCUUACUGACUUAUAUAGGCUAUGUGUUUUGUCUCUUCAAACCAAAGAUUUUAAAAAUUUCCAAUCCCAUCCCUUUUUUAACCUUUUAAAUGUUGUGAUAGCUAGAUAGAAAGUUUGGAAAAUAGAGUGGUUGUUGUUAUUGCUUUUUAAACCACUUUGUGCCAUUUCUUUUUCCUAUUGGUGGAUACUGCUUGUCCUUCUUUAAACUUAGUUUCUGGAAUGUGCUGUGCUCUUGAUGUUGAUUGACGUAAUUGAAUUUGUUUUACAGGGUUUGACACUUAUUAAAUAUUUUAAUUGAGUAGGAGAUAUUUGAAUGUUAAAGUCAGAAAUUUCUGACAAGUCACUUGUUACUUAGGUUCAUUGUAAAUCUCUGGCUGUAAUAGCACAAUUCAUUUCAUAUUGUAAAGCAUUCUCAUUGUUGAUAGCAUUUGAUCUGUAUAUUUGUAUAUGAAAAAUUCAAAGAUUUUAUGAAUAUUAGAAAAGUAAAAUCAUGCAAUUUAGUUUUGGAUGGAUUUUUAAUUUUUUAAGUAUGCUUUUUUUAUUUGUGUUCAUGUAAUUAGCUCAUGAUAUUAAAAUUAGUGUUAUUGGCUUUAUUUAUUUAAAUAUAAAUGGAAUUAAAAUUUGCUUAAUUUUAAUCAUUUAUAUUUUUUCCUGUUGCUAAUAACGUGCCAUUCUUUAAACAUUAGUUAUUUCAUUGGUAUUGGGAAAUUUUAAAUAGAUUAAAUCAUCAGGUUAUUUUGCUUUAAUCUAUAAUGUAAAGAGAUUUGUACAGAAUAUUAAACAUAAUAUAAAUUCUAUUUUUUAACGGCUGGGAUGCACCUAAGUCGAUGUGAAACUGUUCAAAUAUUUGGACAUUUUAUUUAUCGUAUAGCACAUUGUACAUUAAAUAGCCAGUGCUAUAUCUAUUUCAUUAGCUUGUUCAAAUUUUAAAUGAAACUUUAUUGCACUCUAAUCUCUCUAAUUUCACUUUUUGGACUAUAGUAUUGCAGAAAGCUUUUAGCAGUUUUACUGUCACUUAAAGAUAUCAAUUUUUGAAGCCCAAAAUUACUUUUUAUGUAUGAAGCUUAUGGCAGUAUUUGCCAUCAUUUAAGUAUUUCAUGGCAUCAAGCCCAAAUUACUUAAUUACAUCUAGUAUUACUUGCACCCUGCCAAAUAAUCAGUUUUUCCAUUAUAUACACAAGCAUCCAACUUUUAGAUGAGAUCCAGCUCUCUUACAUAGGUUGUUUUAUCUUAUAGCACAGAAAUUUUUGAAAUUUUAUUUCACCAUGUCCUUUAAAAUGGCAGCUAUGUGCAUUUCAUCCCUUUUUAAUAUCUGUGCCAUUACUGUAGUUAUGUAUAUUUUAAGUGUUUUCCUUCAGUUCAGUCUGCCCAAGGAAGGUUUUGUAAUAUUAAAUAUUUAUUUUUUCAAUUUAUAUGUUGGUAAGUUUUCAGAAAUUUGUUAUUGUAAAUUGGAUAGUGAGUUAUGUAUUUCUUAUCUGAUUUCAAGUAGCAUAUGUCGUACAUGUAAUAAACAUUUUUCUGUGUUA